AUGGAAUAUCCACUCGGGUAUAAUAUCCUCAGCAAUGGAAAUAAAAUCCCCAAGAUUGGCCUUGGGUGCUGGAAUUUCGGUAAUCCUGGCUGUCCGUUAGAGACCGAGCAAUCUGCUGUUAAAACAGCCGUAAAUGGCGGAAUGGUAUUACUUGAUACUGCCGAACUUUAUGGUGACGGUCUUUCUGAAGAGUUUUUGAAGGAUCUUAUUAAGCCAAUUCGCGAAAAAUUAUUUAUUGUUUCAAAAGUUCUUCCAUCAAAUGCAGGACGAAAAAAUAUUUUCAAUAGUUGCGAGAAAUCACUUCAACAUCUCGGUAUCGAAUACCUUGAUUUGUACUUAUUACAUUGGCGCGGUCGGGUUCCAUUAAAAGAAACUGUUGAAUGCAUGGAGGAACUCGUCAAGCAGGGAAAAAUCAAACAAUGGGGCGUAUCCAAUUUCGACGUCGACGACAUGAAAGAACUUUGGUCGAUUCCAAAUGGAGAUCAUUGCGUUGUAAAUCAAGUCCUUUACCACUUAGGAUCACGCGGUAUAGAGUACGAACUAAUCCCUUGGAUGAGAUCUCAUAAUGUUAAACUUAUGGCAUAUUGUCCAAUUGCCCAAGCCGGAGAUCUCAAAAGGCAACUUUUUACCAACAAGGUUCUGAAGAGAAUUGCUGCAAAGCAUAACUGCUCAAUUGUUCAGAUACUUCUUCGCUUUGUUUUGAACUGUGAUAUUUGCACUCCAAUUCCAAAGUCUGCCAAACCAGAACACGCUGCAGAUAACCUCAAAGCAAUUAAUUUACAACUUACAGAUGAAGAGUGGGCUGAAAUUGACAAAGAAUUUCCGGCUCCAAAUCAUAAGGUUUAUUUAGAUAUUGUUUAA